AUGGCUCCUAAGAAGAAGGAACAGCAGAAGAUGUCCCUUGGGGACUUUCUGGCUGACAGUUUUGGUGGAGGCUCAUCUUGGGCUGAUGAGGUAGAGGAAACCUCUUACGUCACUGGCACUCAGGCUCUGCCCCCUUCCGACCGCCCUCGGUAUAACAACAACGCUGCUUCCAGCUGGCAGGACCGGGGUUUCUCCGUUCGCGAAGCUGCCCCUCAAACCCUUCCCGACAAGCCUCCUUAUACCGCUCACUUGGGCAACCUUUCCUACGAUGUUACCAACGAUGCCGUGGGUGAAUAUCUCGCUGACUGCGGUGUCAUCAACGUCCGCCUUAUCGAGGACCGUGAGCUGCAGCGCCCCAAAGGUUUCGGUUAUGUCGAAUUCGAGACUCUGGAUGGCCUCAAGAAGGCUCUUACCUUUGACGGCGAGAACUUUAAUGGCCGAAUGAUCAAGAUCAAGGUCGCCGAUCCUCCUCGUGGCGGUGAUCCUGGCCGAGGUGACUCUAUCCGUGAGAUGGGUAACUGGGACCGCAAGGGACCUCUGCCCGAUGCCCCUUCAAGGGGUGGUGCUCGUGAUUUCGGUGACCGUGAGCGACGGCCUCGUGAUCCUGCUUUCGAGUCUCGUCCCCAACGUGAGUUCACUUGGGAGCGACAUGGACCCCUGGCUCCUCUCUCUCCUCAAGAGGGUUCCGGAUCCCGAGACGGAAGCCGCCCCCGUGCUUCUCCCGAUGUGCUUGGUGACCGUAGUGAGUCUUACCGAGGAAACCGCCGGGACUCUCCUGCUUGGGGCGAGGCUCGCGAAGGUGGUUCUCGUCCUCGUCCUGAACGCCCUGAGCGACCUGAGCGAACUGCCACUGCUGCUGAGAAGGACAUGCAGUGGCGCGAGAGAAUGCGCCCCGAUGCUGCUAAGGCUGCCUCUCCCGACGGCAGCGCACCCCCAUCUCCCGCCCUUUCUAACGCCGCACCUGCCCAAGGCGGUCGUCCUCGCUUGAACCUCCAGAAGCGAACCGUCUCCGAGGCCCCCGAUGCUUCAUCAGCAUCCCAGGGCUCUGAUGCUAAGGCCAGCCCCUUCGGCGCCGCUCGUCCUAUUGAUACCGCAGCAAGGGAGAAGGAGAUUGAGGUCAAGCGCCUGCAGGCUAUUCAAGAGAAGAAGGAGGCUGAUGAGAAGGCCAAGGAGGAGCGAAAAUUGGCAAAGGAGGCUGCUGCCAAGGCUGAGGCUGAGGCUGCUGAAGCUGCUGAAGCCGCUGAAGCCAAGCAAGCUGCCGAAGCUGCCGAAGCUGCCGAGGCGAAAGAGGCCGCUGAGGCCACCCCUGAGGCAACAGAACCCAAGGCUGAAGCUGCUGAGGGCGCCAAUGGCGAGCAAAAGGUUCCUAUCCGAAACCGCGAGCCCCGAGAGGGUGCUCCCAAGUCAAGAGCAACCGAAGCUUCAAGCUGGCGCUCUGCCUCAAACGAUCAGCGAGGACCCCGUGGAGGAGCUGGACCUCGAGGCGGUCGCGGUGGCCGUGGCGGCAUUCGGGAGGCACGGGCUGGACCUCUCCGCUCCAACGGAUCGGCUGCUCAACAACCCGCGUCUACUGAUGCCGAGCCUGCUACACCCACAGCUGACGACGACGGUUGGACUACAGUGCCCAACAAGAAAGGUCGCCAGGGACGUGCGAUGGCACCCUAG